GUUAUCUGAACAUCUUCAAAGAACCAUGAAGGUCUUUGUGUUUUUGAGUAUUCUAGCAACCACAUCUUAUGCUGACUUCAUUGGUCAGGCUAGAGGAGGAUUCAACCGUAAUCAACUAGUACGUGGAGGGCGACAAGCUGGUGGUAUUCCAGGUGGAGUGGACUUCAGUGGAUGUGUUCAAGAUCAAGAUACUGGACUAUGUUGUGUAGAUAAAAUAGAAGAAGUUACAACACUACAGAAGGAUCCUAUACUGGAGUGUACACACAAGAAUACAGAACAGUGUCAUUACACAUAUGUAACACAGUUUACUCCAGCUCAAGAAGAGGUUUGUGAGGAGAACUUUGAGAAGUCAUGUCAGAUCACGUUCAAGCAACAAGCAUUCAAUGAGACUGUCAAGAAGUGUUAUAAACCUGUUGAAAAGGUUUGCAAUGGACAGGGACCUGAAGAAUGUAGAACAGUUUAUGAAUCUUCCUGUACUACCAAAUAUGUUGAGAAGCAACCUGGUAAGUUUGUUGGAGACACCAGCUGUGAGAAACUACCUGUAGAGAUCUGUGGAGCUGGAUGUACCUAUGAGGAGGGACCUGAGGAGUGCCAUGAUAAAGUUAUUGCAUCUCUUGUUGAUGUUCCUGAAGAAGUUUGUGAUCUCAAUCCUCAGAAGACAUGUAAGCUAACAACUAAACUGGUUCCUAAGCUGAAACCUGAACAUCAAUGUACAAUAGUACCUCAAGAGGUUUGUAAUCUCAAGUUUAGUCAACCAAAGCAGGUUCCCAAACCUCUUCUCACCAGAUGGUGCUUAGAUCCUACUCCAGCUGCACCUGGAGAAAGCUAUGAUGAAAGCAAUGCUCUUGGAGCACCUAUUGGACGCAGAUAAAACAAACUUACUAAAUCAUCUUGUUCAUGUUAAGUUUUGCUUUGUUGUCACUUAUUGUUAACCUUUUAUUUAUUCAACUCUCUUUUUCAGCAUAAAUAAAUUUCGCAAACCGUUCUUUAA